GUCUAGCCUCGUGACUGUUAUGUACUGUUGUCCAACACUUUGGAAUGGGUGGACUCUGCCACCUGCGUCCUUCACCUCGAGCUAAGUAGGGCACCGUUACCGCUGCACGUCUGCAUCGACCAGCGGAUCAAGAACGUUGCCUCUUUUCAAGUUCCACUGCGUGUAUGCCAGGCGGCGAAUCUGUGGUCGCCGCAGCAGCAAGCAGACUAGUCGCAAAUAUCCCUCGCCGCAAAGCACAGUGGCAGACAUCCAUCCCACCGCCUACAGGCAUCGUACAGAUAUUGUCAUACAUCUUAGCCUCUACCGAUAGGGCGUCCACAGACAAUAGCGAUAGCUUCCCGGGAUCCGACAGGCAGAACGAUACGUCCAAGACCUCCAUCCCAGUCACCUCGACCCUCCGCCCGAUCCUGCUGCGGAACUCGCAGCUUGCUCUUAAGUGGACGGCGGACGCGGAAACCAGACGCGGAAGAAACAGACGACUCACCUUUGCCUACUGGUCUUGUUCCCUUACGCUGCUGAAAUCAUCGCUUAUGGCUGCUACGCUGAACCUGCAAGCCAAGUCUACGGUGAAGACCGUCACGGCCCCGCAAUGGCCUUUGUACUCAUGGAGGACGAAGUCUCCGAAUGCACGCCUUGUCUACAUACGGGACGUCGACGAGGCAAACAUUGAAAUCUCCAAGCUUCGCCCAGGCCCUCUUGGGCUCGAUAUGGAGUGGAAGCCAUGUUUCUUUGCCGGCGAGAGGGAACACCCUGUCGCUCUCGUCCAGCUGGCGAAUGAUGAAGUGGUCUUGCUCAUUCAAGUGAGCGCCAUGAGUUCGUUCCCGGAGAAGUUAUCAGAGGUGUUGGGCAGCCCCCAGUAUGUGAAGGCUGGUGUCGCUAUCAAGGGGGACUGCACAAAGCUAUACAGAGACUUCUCGGUCAUAUGCCGCAACUGCGUAGAUCUGUCUCUUCUUUCACGGACUGUGGACAAUCCCCGCUGGAAGGGACCAUACAAACAGAGCAUCGGUCUAAACCGUCUCUGCGAGGCGUAUGAAGAAUUGUCCUUGCAGAAGGGGAAAAUAACCCGGAGUAACUGGGAGCUUGUGCUGUCGGUGCCCCAACAGGAGUAUGCCGCCAACGAUAGUCACUCGGGCUACAUACUGUACUGCAGGCUCGCGGCGAUGGCGGCUGCUAUGUUCCCCCCGCCGCUGAUUCCUUGGUACACCUUCGACUUCAUCGGGAGAGCAUUGAAUCCAGAGAGUGGAAUGGAGUGGGUCAUGGCGAACCCAAACUACGACCCCGGCCCACCCCCUCCGGUUCCAAUACCUCCACAAGACUGGGAUCCAGAGACCUCUCGCAGCAAGCGCCGAAACCGUCGUCGGGAGAACGACGACCUUCCGCAUGCGUCCAACGUCUCCGUAGUGCACUCGCAGUCAUCAUCGUUCUCGGGAGGCAAUUUCAGACACGGCUCUGGCAUGCCACUGCCGAAUCCAGUACUACCGCACGGUGGUCCAUCUAGGCACGUGGCAGCAUUAGGUUCGUUUGCGCGACACCCAGCGGAUGUCCCUGCAUUCGUGCCGCGCGGCUCUGCCAACUAUCACACCUAUCACAACCAAGGGCAGUACCCUAGGCAGCAAAGUCGUGGGUACCCCAAUGUGCAGUAUGCCCAGCACACUCGAGGACCACCCUCUGGGCAUCAUAAUCAUCAUCCGAACGUCCGGGGCGACGAAGGAGAGAUCGUCUUUGCGUCUUACGGUAUGUCAAUUGUACCGGACCCGGAGGAUGAGCAGCGCGGUCAAGGACAACCAAACGCCCAUCAUGCACCAACCGCAUCAGGCUCAGGCUCACAACACGCUCGUGCUCAAAUGCCUCGACAGCACGGGCGUGGGCGUGGGCGCGGAGGUUCAAGGACCCCUGAACGCCGUGGGGACAGGGAAGGCGAACAGCAGCAGCGCGAUAGGCAACCAUGGGCACAGAGAGGGGGGGCGCCGCAGAGGACCGGCGUCGCGGACUGAGCUGAUCUAGUUGUAGGAGGGAACAUCUACGGACACACGUACUUAGCCUCAUCUCUGUGUUCGGUUGUUGCACCCAGUCUGUACUAUACUCGGAAGCAUCGCAUCACCAUAUGACACCACCCUCUGCUCUCUCGAAAAGGAUGUCGGUUGUUGUUGGGUUGUUACAGGCAGAUCACAGGUA